AUGUUAACAUUGGCCCCCCUACACCUGCUGCGUGAGCCCUGGAACACCAGCGAGGGCAACCAGAGUAAUGCCACGGCUGGGGCUGGCGGCGGGAACCUGCUGGUGGUGGCCGCCAUCCUGAAGAACAGGAACCUGCACUCACCCACAUACUACUUCAUCUGCUGCCUGGCCGUCUCCGACAUGCUGGUGAGCAUCAGCAACUUGGUGGAGAUGCUUUUCAUGCUGCUGAUGGAGCAUGGCGUGCCGGACACCAGCAUCGUCCGCCACAUGAACAACAUCAUCGACAUGCUCAUCUGCAGCUCUGUCGUGUCCUCCCUCUCCUUCCUGGGGGUCAUCGCUGUGGACCGAUACAUCACCAUCUUCUAUGCCCUGCGCUACCACAGCAUCAUGACGUUGCAGCGGGCUGUGGUGACCAUGGCCAGCAUCUGGAUGGCGCGGACGGUGUCCAGCGCUGUCUUCAUCACCUUCUACCGCAACACCACCAUCCUCCUCUGCCUCAUCAGCUUCUUCCUCUUCAUGCUGGUCCUCAUGCUGGUGCUCUACAUCCACAUGUUCGCCCUGGCCCAACACCAUCUCCACAGCAUCUCCAGCCAGCAGAAGCAGCCUGCUGUCUACCGCGGCAGCAGCAGCCUCAAGGGAGCUGUCACCCUCACCAUCCUCCUGGGCGUCUUCUUCAUCUGCUGGGGCCCUUUCUUCUUCCACCUCAUCCUCAUUGUCACCUGCCCCACCAACCCCUUCUGCACCUGCUUUUUCAGCUACUUCAACCUCUUCCUCAUCCUCAUCAUCUGCAACUCUGUGAUUGACCCGCUCAUCUAUGCCUUCCGGAGCCAGGAGCUACGGCGAACGCUUCGGGAGGUGGUGCUGUGUUCCUGGUAG